UGGAGGUCGAGCCGUGAUUCGGAACGAUCUCGUAUCAGCGAGAUCGGAGUGCUCACUACACUACACUCUAGUCUACAGAUCUUGUUGCACUGCAGUCUCCCACGCGCACCAGAUAUUUUUUUCAGCAGUGAACUGUUAUCUCUGGUAAUAUAAUGCUUCCCAAGAUGUAUUGGCUACGUGUACUUCAGUAGUUGCAGGGUACGUCGCUUCCAUGGGAGUCAAGAGCAUAAUUAAUUUUGUUGUUGUUGACAGUCGCUAAAUGAAAAGUCGAGCUCUGUGGAUCCUGGUCGCAGCCAUCAGCACACUCCUGUACGGAGGUCACCCAGUCUUGCUCAAGCUGAGUGCGGUGGAUGGGAAGAUUCGCUAUCAUCCGUCUGCGAUUGUUCUGUGUGCAGAGCUAGGGAAGCUUGCAAUCUCGUUGAUCUUGCUAUGGCUAGAAGAUGUGGCACUGUGGCCAAGGUCAGGAUCAGUACUGCAGCCCACAUCCAGCUCAGCCAGCCCUGUCAGGCUCCACACAUUCAGUGUGAUGACGCUCGUGAAGUGCUGCGUGCCAGCCGCACUGUACACGUUGAACAAUAACAUCGCCGUACACUCACAGCACUGGCUGGACCCAGUCAGCAUACAGGUUCUUGGAAAUUUAAAGAUCGUGGCCACCGUCGUCGUCUACAAGCUUAUGCUGCACAGGCACAUUGGCAAGCAAAAGCUAUUGGCGAUUGGGUGCAUCCUUGUUGCUGGUGUUCUCAACGGUUUGGCUGGACGGUACGCUGGUAAUGCCACUGGGGAAGACGAAGCUCUUGUGACGGUGCGGGUGACAAUGGUUGGUGUUUGUAUGAUGCUGGUCUUGUCUGUCAGCUCAGCUAUUGCUGCUGUUUUCACCGAGAAACUUCUGAAGCACGAGAAAGGCGGCAUUCAUUUCCUGAAUGUGUGUCUGUAUGGCAGUGGAGUGAUGAUGAAUUCUGCGACAGUAGCCAUGGAACUUGCGGGAGAGGAAACCCAGUUGGAAGGUGGUGUUCAUGCUCUGUUGGCAAGCGUUGUGAAGGGAUUCACACCCAUUUGCUGGUUUAUCGUCUUGUGCCAGGUGGCGAGUGGCUUGCUGAUGAGUGUUGUUCUGAAGUACGCAGGCAAUCUACUACGCUUGAUGAUAAUUGCAUGUGCCGUACUGGUCAAUGUGCUGGCUAGUGUGCUGAUCUUCUCCCUGCACAUUCCUCAGUUAUUACUCUUUGCUCUGCCUAUUCUUGUGCUCGGCCUGGCCUUGUACACGGCAGAUCGAAAACCAUCGUGAAACCGGUGACCAUCAUGUUUCCUGCACGUGUCUGCUACACUGGCUUAUCAAGGGAAUCAAGGGAACAGUUGCAUCUCUGUGUUUGUAGUUUGACAAUCUUCCACGUUAUAUCAUGUUUACAUACCGUGACUUUUGGAUAAAACUGUGUACUGUAGUUACAGAGUCCGCUGAAACUGAAGAGAGAAAUACUGACAAAGUCUGA